AUGAACCCGGCAGACGACACUGCAGACUCGCAGAGUCUGAAUAGCGAGCGCAGGUGGAGCUUGAAACCCCUGCUACGGCAUGCCGAACGCUCGCAUAGUCGGGUGCCCGGGAUCAGAAAGAUUCCGCUGCGGGCGAUUGGGAUUAUUUUGUUUAUUGCGCUGUUGAAUGCUAUUGUGUGGAUUGCAGCUGCGAUUGUAUUGCGCUAUCACCCAUCGUUGGUUUCCACGGCUGUUUUGGCAUACACGCUUGGUCUGAGACAUGCUUUUGAUGCAGACCACAUCUCUGCCAUUGAUCUUAUGACUCGCCGACUUCUGGCAACCGGGCAAAAGCCCGUCACCGUGGGUACAUUUUUCUCACUGGGUCACUCGACCAUCGUCAUCAUCACAUCCAUUGUGGUCGCUGCAACUGCUGCCGCCGUCUCGUCGCGCUUCGACAGUUUCAGCACGAUCGGCGGUAUCAUCGGCAGCUCAGUCAGCGCUGCUUUUCUCAUCUUGCUGGGCCUGAUGAAUGGCUAUAUCUUGUAUAAGCUGAUCAAGCAGAUGCAAAAAGUAAUGGAUUUGCCGGAGGGCCAAGAGGAAGAAGCGUGGAAGAUUGAGGGCGGUGGGAUUAUGUUUUCGAUUCUGAAGAAGAUGUUCAAGUUGAUUAACCGUCCAUGGAAGAUGUAUCCCCUUGGCAUUCUAUUUGGUCUGGGAUUCGACACUUCGUCUGAGAUCGCCUUGCUCGGCAUCUCGUCGAUUGAGGCUGCCAAAGGCACCUCAUUCUGGGUGAUUCUCAUCCUGCCAGCUCUAUUUACCGCCGGAAUGUGCCUCCUAGACACCAUCGACGGAGCCCUCAUGUUCUCACUCUACAUCCAACCUGCCGCCAACUUCCUCCCACCAAAACCCACGAACAACACCACGAGUGCAUCCUCCAUUCACAGCGACAGCAACGAGCUCCCUCCACCACAAAGCAACCACCGCGACCCCAUCGCCUUCCUAUACUACUCGAUCGUGCUCACCACGCUGACGGUGAUCGUGGCCAUUGUCAUCGGCGUGAUUCAGCUGCUCACCAUGAUCCUUAACGUCACCAACGCCACGGGAAAAUUCUGGGAUGGAGUGCAGACUGCAGGAGACUACUAUGAUGCUAUUGGAGGCGGUAUUUGCGGCUGCUUUAUUAUCUUUGGCGGACUGAGUGUCGUGCUGUAUAAGCCGUGGCGUCGGUGGAUAGCUCGGCGCGGUGGAAGAAGUGUUGUCACGAACGAGGAGGAGCCUUGUCGCGAUUACUCACUGGAGCCGACUGCGGACGCUGGUGUCACUGUUGUGAACGAGUCUGGGGGUAGUGCCCAGCAUGGACGGACUGAAGUGGUUGGCAAGGGAGGUUCGAGGGUUGCGGUGACAGCGACUGGGCCACGGGAUGAGGGGGAGAUCGUCUAA